AAGACAAUUGCAACGGCGCAUCAUACUUGAAUCGCAGGCGCAAUGGCGCGGCUACAACAUUAUCUCGUUCCUUGACCCCAAUUUUCCUUCCUUUAGAUUUACGAAACACUUCGAUCGCCUAUAAAUUCAAGCACGAUGGCGACAAGACUCUCGAUUGCCGACGUGCUCCCUCUCCCCAAUUCCUCUGUCAGUAUUCCUCAAUUAGGCUUUGGAGUCUACCAGUCGCCGAGCAAAGUAUGCGUCAAUUCAUGCUUGACUGCUUUGAAGGCUGGAUAUAGGCACAUCGAUUCUGCACAAUACUAUGCAAACGAGAAAGAAGUCGGGGAAGCAGUACGAAAUUCCGGCCUCAAGCGAUCGGAAGUGUUCCUUACGACCAAGAUCCUCGUCCCAGGCGGCAGCGUCGAAAAUUCGUACAAGCAAUGCCUGGAUAGCAUACACAAGAUUGGUGGCGAGGAUGGUUACGUUGAUCUCUUCUUGAUACACUCUUCGAAAAGUGGUUCGAAAUCCAGGAAGGAGAUGUGGCAGGCACUGGAAAGACUUCUGGAAGAGGGGAAAGUGAAGAGCAUUGGGGUCAGCAAUUGGGGGAUUGGGCACAUUGAAGAGUUGAAAGACUUCGCAAAGGUCUACCCUCCACAUGUCAACCAGAUUGAACUUCAUCCCUUCCACCAGCAACGCGAAGUUGUCGCUUUCUGCCACAAGAACCAUAUUAUCGUCGAAGCAUAUUGUCCUCUCGUUCGAAAUCAAAAGGCCAACGACCUAAUGUUGAACGAGAUUGCAAAGGCACAUAACAAGAGUGUUAACCAUGUUCUGAUACGCUAUUGCUUGCAAAAGAAAUGGGUCCCACUACCAAAGAGCGAUACACCCUCUCGAAUUAUAGAGAACGCGAAGGUGUACGACUUUGAGUUGUUAAAAGAUGAGAUGGCUAAGCUCGAUGCUUUGGAUCAAGGAGCCGAGGGGGCUAUCGUGGAAUCUGUUGUCAACACCUUGUAGGAUGACCUCGAUGACAAGGCAGCACUAAACAAAAAAGCCUGCUCGUGAGCGAGCUUUUCGAUCCUCAAAGCUAGUUAAGCUACGAAGACACCUUCAACUCGAGGGACUUGCUCGUUAUCAAUCCACCAAGGUCAUAUGUACUAUAAAUGUUCUUGAUGCUAUAUUUACAUUUCACUUUGUAAACAUUCCUUCACCG